AUGUCUGCGCAACCACCUCCUCCUGACACGGCCGAACCUAUGGACUACAUCGCAUGCACGCCUCCUCCACUAAGACAUGGAGAUUCGAGUUCCUCCAAAACAACAACUGGCUCUUUCUAUUCACCGGACAAAUCUUUACCACUCGAUGAGGAGAUAGAGACUUUGGAUGAAACGGACCCACCCCUCAUGGAGAAAUACUUUCUUGUUAAAGGAAGAAAACUGCUUGAACUCUUGAAAAUUGCCCGCUGCGGCUAUGAAUGCAACUCACAAGAAAGAAUGGCCCGACUUACGGCAGUAGGAAGCAAUUGA